AUGCUGAAAUCGCUGACAAUAAAAUUCAACAAGGUGAAGCCAAGUGAAGAGAAUGAUGAAAACAAACGAGGCCCUGGCACGCGCAGUGAGCCGCCGCGACCCACGACACAGGGAGAAAACAAAAAUGAAAAGAAAUCUCUCGAAACCGAGAUGCCUCCAGUCUCAUCUGAAGAGUCACACACCAAAAUCCAAGAUAAAACCUCUGAGAAAACUGCACUCAGAAAUCAGACUGUAAACCCUGACUCUCAAAAUCCAGCAGAGUCAACUGGAACAAAGCCAGAGCAGGAGGACAUGGGGCCUGGGAAAGAAGGCCUGGUCAGUCCAAAAACCAAACCACUUGGAGCCCCUGUUAUUAACGAGUAUGCCGAUGCCCAGCUACAUAACCUGGUGAGAAGGCUGCGCCAAAGAACAGACUUCUACAAGAAAAAGCUGGCAGAAGACGAUCUGUCCUCUCCUGAGGCCAGCCCCCAGACUGCAAAGCCCACCGUUGUGUCAUCAGCACAAGAAAGCAGUGCCAUGCUCAAAGAAGAGCAUCACCAGAAGGUGCCCCUGACAGAGCACCUAAAGCGGAUCAGACUUCCGAGAAGCAUAGAUUCAAACACAGGUCGGUUCUGUCUCCUAUGGCUCUUGCCCGUCGCCAUCGCCUACAACUGGAACUGCUGGCUGGUACCUCUGCGCGCGGUCUUUCCGUAUCAAACGCCAGACAACACACACUACUGGCUUGUCACGGACAUCGCAUGUGACUUCAUCUACCUGUUCGAUCUGCUGCUCAUCCAGCCCCGGCUCCAGUUUAUGAGAGGAGGAGACAUCAUAGUGGAUUCAAAUGAAUUAAAGAGACACUACAGGAGUUCCACAAAAUUUCAGUUGGAUGUCGCAUCAAUAAUGCCAUUUGAUGUUUUCUACCUCUUCUUUGGGUUUAAUCCAAUAUUCAGGAUAAAUAGGAUGUUAAAGUAUACUUCAUUUUUUGAGUUUAACCAUCACCUGGAGUCUAUAAUGAACAAGGCAUACAUCUACAGAGUCAUUCGCACAACUGGAUACUUGCUGUUUACUCUGCACAUUAAUGCCUGUCUGUAUUAUUGGGCUUCAGACUACGAAGGCAUUGGAAGUACUCGAUGGGUAUAUGAUGGUGAAGGAAACAAGUACCUGAGGUGUUAUUAUUGGGCGGUUCGGAGUUUAAUUACCAUCGGAGGCCUUCCAGAACCACAAACCACAUUUGAAAUUGUUUUUCAGCUGUUGAAUUUUUUUUCUGGAGUGUUUGUUUUCUCCAGCUUAAUUGGUCAGAUGCAAGAUGUCAUUGGGGCAGCUACAGCCAAUCAGAACAACUUCCGUGCCUGCAUGGAUCAUACCGUCGCCUACAUGAACACUUACUCCAUCCCUAAGAUUGUGCAGAAUCGGGUCCGGACUUGGUAUGAAUAUACGUGGGACUCGCAAAGAAUGCUAGAUGAGUCUGAUCUCCUUGAGACCCUGCCAACCACGAUGCAGUUAGCCCUCACCGUGGACGUGAACUUCAGCAUCAUCAGCAAAGUCGACUUGUUCAAGGGUUGUGACACACAGAUGAUUUACGACAUGCUGCUAAAAUUGAAAUCCAUUGUCUAUUUACCUGGUGACUUUGUCUGUAAAAAGGGAGAAAUUGGCAAGGAAAUGUACAUCAUCAAGCAAGGAGAAGUCCAAGUUCUCGGAGGCGCCGAUGGUGCUCAAGUUCUGGUUACUCUGAAGGCUGGGGCAGUGUUUGGAGAAAUCAGCCUUCUAGCAGCGAGAGGGGGAAACCGCAGGACUGCCAACGUGGUGGCGCACGGCUUUGCCAACCUUCUCACCCUGGACAAGAAGACCCUCCAAGAAAUUCUAGUGCAUUAUCCAGAUUCUGAAAAGCUCCUCAUGAAGAAAGCCAGGGUGCUUCUAAAGAAGAAGGCUCCAGGCAAAGGGGCGACCCCUCCAAACAAAGGGCUUGCCUUUCUCUUCCCACCGAAACAAGAGACACCCAAGAUGUUUAAAGCUCUCCUAGGAGGCGCAGGAAAAGCAGGUCUUGCCAGACUGCUCACAUUGAAGAGAGAACAAGCCAUUCAGGAAAAAAGUGAAAAUGCUGAAGGAGAAGAGGAUAAAACGAAAGAACAUGAAGAAAAAGGAAGCGAGCCAGCAGAGACACCCCUGGACGCAGCCAAACAUGGAGCAAAUUCCGUUACAGCGGAGGCAAGGCCCCAGCCAAUCAGAAGGGCAGGUCUGCCCAGAGGCACCACCGGCCAAUCACUCAUCAUCAGCAUGGCUCCCUCGGCCGAGGCGGGGGAAGAGGUUCUGACCAUUGAAGUCAAAGAAAAGGCUAAGCAGUAA